CCCGGCGCUCCCCGCGGUGGGGGUCAAAGGUGAAGCGUAAGAUGGCGGCGGCGGACGCGGAGCAGGGGCCGUUGGAGGCGGAGGCGGAAGAGCCGCGAAGCUUCAAGGACCUGGGAGUAACAGAUGUGUUGUGUGAAACUUGUGACCAGUUGGGAUGGAAGACACCAACUAAAAUUCAAGUUGAGGCUAUUCCUAUGGCUCUCCAAGGCCGGGAUAUCAUCGGGCUAGCAGAGACAGGCUCUGGAAAAACAGGGGCUUUUGCUUUGCCCAUCCUGCAGACACUGCUGGAAACACCCCAACGCCUCUUUGCUCUUGUCCUCACCCCAACCCGAGAGCUCGCCUUCCAGAUCUCAGAGCAGUUUGAAGCCCUUGGAUCCUCCAUUGGUGUCCAAAGUGCGGUUAUUGUGGGUGGAAUUGACAUGAUGGCACAGGCUCUGACCUUAGCCAAGAAGCCGCAUGUUAUAAUUGCAACACCGGGCCGUCUGAUUGACCAUCUGGAGAACACAAAAGGUUUCAACUUGCGAGCUCUUAAGUACCUGGUUAUGGAUGAAGCUGACCGGAUCCUCAACAUGGAUUUUGAGACAGAGGUGGAUAAGAUCCUAAAAGUGAUUCCCCGUGACAGGAAGACAUUCCUCUUUUCUGCCACCAUGACCAAGAAGGUGCAAAAGCUCCAGCGUGCUGCACUGAAGAACCCUGUUAAAUGUGCUGUUUCCUCCAAAUAUCAGACAGUUGAAAAACUGCAGCAGCAUUAUAUUUUCAUCCCCUCCAGAUUCAAGGACAGUUACCUGGUUUAUAUCCUGAAUGAACUGGCUGGGAACUCCUUCAUGAUAUUCUGCAGUACCUGCAACAACACUCAAAGGACAGCUCUCCUGCUCCGCAACUUGGGUUUCACUGCCAUAUCCCUCCAUGGACAGAUGAGUCAGAAUAAGCGACUGGGAUCCCUGAACAAGUUCAAGGCAAAGUCCCGUUCCAUUCUGCUGGCUACAGAUGUUGCAAGCAGAGGUCUGGACGUCCCACAUGUGGAUGUGGUGAUAAAUUUUGAUAUUCCCACACAUUCCAAGGAUUACAUUCACCGUGUGGGGAGGACAGCUCGAGCUGGACGGUCUGGCAAAUCCAUCACCUUUGUGACUCAGUAUGAUGUGGAACUGUUCCAGCGCAUUGAGCAUCUCAUUGGCAAGAAGCUGCCUGUAUUCCCCACACAGGAGGAGGAGGUCAUGAUGCUAACAGAGCGUGUGGCUGAAGCCCAGAGAUUUGCUCGUAUGGAGUUGCGGGAGCAGGGAGAGAAAAAGAAGCGAUCCCGGGAUGAGGCCAAUGAUGAUGACACAGAGGGAGCUACAGGUGUCAGGAACAAGGUGGCUGGUGGGAAAAUGAAGAAAAGGAAAGCCCGUUAGCCAGAUACUUAAAUGUCUGUCCCCUUUGAGUUUACAUGGGCUGGGGCGGUACCUACCACAAAGUAUUUCCAUCAAACCUGAAGCCUCCAGAACUACACUUAUAAAUGGCAGGCCAGCUGGAAAGAAAUUUUCCAUCAUGUCUGCGUCUCCAGCACCGUCUAAAGUCAUAGGGUGAACCUGCACCCUAGUAGUAUGCUAGAACCCGUCCUCCUACUGAGGGUUAGUAUCUGUUCUAAUGCUGGGCUGUAAGAGGGAGUCAUCUCCUGCAGCUGGACUGUCCCCUGGACCUGGAAGCAACAGUCUCCUGGCAAAGCCCAUUUUUAUAGGGAUUAAAUGGGAAAUGUUGGCCUAUGGACACUUUUUUCCCCCCAAUCAUGCUGCAGCCUAUCAUCACUCACCAUCCAAACCUCAGCGAGUGUCUCUUUUUAUAAGACAAUUGGAAGGAAGAAGAAAACUGAGAAGCACCUUAAAUUUUCCAGGGUAUGCAUGUGAUGCUUCAGGAUAGGAUUCUCGCCUUAAACAGAGACACUCAUGCUGGGGCAAAAACUCCAAAUAUAUUUUGCUCAGCCACAAA